UGGUGAGAGGAGGAAUGGUGAUCUGAUAGGGGCAUUCCUCUUCAUUUCCACACUGGCCAGCAGGUUUCAGCUUCACCUGGGAGCAGCUCUCAAGGGUUGAUGUCUUCUUCACUCCACCAGAAGAACCACUGACCACAGCGUUAUGUGCAGCUAUAAGCAGGAGAUACACACACAGAAGCAUUUUGCAGGCAAUAAAAGCGAGCUCUGUUGGAGAGUGAAAUCUGGCUCUAAUUUUGUCAGCAGUGAAAUAUAUACAGCAGCAGUGGGGAAGAUGCUUUUCGAAGUGGACUUGAUCAGUGGAGAGAAAAUGGCCCAGCUAAAGGCCAGCCUCUUUUUGCUGCAUGACACCUUAAAAAGCACUCAAGAGUCUGAGCUGAAACUGAUGCAGGAGGUGAAGCGUUUGCAUGCUGAGCUGAAGCAACAGCAGCAAGUGUUAGAGAAGGCUGAGAUGUUCAAAGAGGACCAGCACACAGAUGGAAGCUCAAUGAGACAUCAGCUCUUACAGUUUCACAACAAGCUCCGAGAGGCUGAAGAGAGAGAGCACCAGAUGCAGUACAACCUCGAUUGUCUUCAGGAGCUGAAGCUCUGUCUCCAGAAAGAGCGCGAAAGCGAGCCGGAGUCGAUUGAGCAGGAGAAUAGGUCCAUGGCUCUGAAGGAGAGCUGUGAGAUGAUGAAGAAGGAGAUCACCCAGAGGCAUCAGGAGAUUGAGACAUUAAAGGAGGGCAUAAAGGCACGUGAUACACAGCUACAGAAGGCGCAACAGGAGCUGGAGGACAAACAGGAAUUGAUCAGGAGCCAAGAGGCAGAACUGGCUCAGCUGCUCUCCAUUCCUGGUCAACUGGGGAAGGAAAAAGAAAGGAUCCAAUGCAAAAUUAAGAAUGUUCAGAAGCAGAAGGCUGCAGUUGAAAGGCAGCUGCUGGAGCUGGGAGAGAGGGUGAAGCAGACGCAGGUGGGAUGCAGGCAGCUGGAUGAAGAGUGCAGGAGUGUGAUCAAGGAGCUGAAGGGCUGCAGGGUUCAACUGGAGGUGGCUCAGAGAGAGAGAAGCAUGCUACUUAAAGAGCAGGAUAUGACCAAGGAGGAGGAGGCAAUCCUCCUCGAAAAAAGAGGCCUGUUGGAAAUUAGCCUGAACCACAUCAUGGAGGAGAAAAAGACUGUUCAUGAUAGCCUUGUAAAGAACGUGAGAGAGAAGGAUCGGCUGCAGCGCAGGUUAAAAAACAUGCUUCUGCAGCACAAAUUGUCUGAAGAUGCCCUGAUUUACACUCAAGAGCUGUACAACAAAACCAAGACCCAGAGGGAUAUGAUGCCUAAGGAUGAUGACUUGCAACAGAAAAUCCGAGAUCUGCAAACAGAAGUGGACAACUUGAAACUGAAAUUGGUUCAUAAGCAGUCGGUUACUGGUGUUGAGGCCCAGAAGGUUGAGCAGUGUAUAGAGCAGAAACAAGAUCUGUUGCAGGAGUGCAAUCGCCACCAUAAAGAGUUGCAACACCUUUAUGCCCUGACGCGCAUUAAAGCAGAGGAGAGGGAUCAGAAGAGCCGAGGGCUGCUCAAAGCCCAGAUGAGAUGCAACCAAAUCAAACAAGACUGUCGAGGAAAACAGCUCCAGAUUCUGGAGCACAAGAAACAACAUCAGGAGAUCCAAUCAAGACUUUGUGUCUUCACCAAGCUGUAUGAUACCACCAAGGGAGAACGAAAUAAAUGUGUAAACCUGCUACAGAUGGCAACCGAGUGCUCAAGCAAGAUGUGGGAGAAGUUCAAAAUUCUGAAAAACGAGACUGAGAUUCUGCACACCGAAACAAUAAAAAAAGACAGGCUGCUGCAGAAGUCUCGUCUGAUGCAUGUACACAGCCGCACAAUCAGGGAUAGCUUGAAGAAUGACAUAUCCAAGGUGACCUGGAUGCUUCAUGAGAUGCAGCACAAGAAUGAAGAACAAAGACUCAAUAUCAUUAAACUUGGGCAAGUGAUCAGUGGUCAGGAACAAGACCUGCUGCACUUACACAAAAGACACAAUGCUUGUGUCCAGAGCCGCAAUGAACGGGGGGUGCAACUCCUUGAGAGAGAGGAGGAGAUGUGUGUCUUUUAUGCGAAGGUCAACAUGCAGGAGAGUCUGAUUUGUGAGGGCACACUACAGAUACAGGCUCUGGAAGAGGAGAUCUGCUCUCUAAAGGUAAUUAAUGAGGAGCAGAGACAAAUCAACUUGAGCAAAAAACUGCUGCCUUGCAAGAAACCCCUGGAAGAUGAGUGCACUUCACUGCAGAAGCAGCUGUCUGAAUAUAAGAAACAAAACUUAUCCCUGGAGAAGUCUCUUGAGAACCAAGUUACAGAGAGGAAAUUGCGUAAACUGAGUGGUAAAGAUCCAUCUCCCCCUGAGCUCAUCAAGAAGAUAGAACAGCUGGAGAUGCAGCUGGCAGAGAAAGAGGCGCAGCUGCUGGAGAAAGAACUGAUCUAUGAGCAGGUGACUAAACUGUCUCAGGACGUUCAGACAAAGGCAGAAAACGGUAAAGAGGACACGCUGAAAAUGGCCAAGAAAGUGAAUGAGUUCCACAGCCGCAUUAAGGAUUGUACUAAGAAGAUGAUGGCUGUAGUGUCAGAGUUGGCCAUGCGUCAGACACAGGCUCUGUGUCUCCAGCAGGAGCUUCGCGAGAAAGAGUUUGAACUUGACUUUUGCCAGAAAAGACUGGAGAUGGGGCUCGCACCUUCAGACACCAUCGAGCAGGAGUGGAUGCGACAAUUGCGAGUCCAGCAGAAACGCAAGGUUACUGAGGAGGAAGAAUGGUAUCAGCUUCCAAACGGGGUUUAUACCACAGCAGAUUUGCGGCCCGAUUCCUACAUCCCAGCUGAAGACUCUCUGCCUCUCCCCAAACCCUAUGGGGCCCUGGCACCUUUCAAACCGAGUGAGCCUGGAGCCAAUAUGCGCCACAUCCGCAAGCCCCAGCCCAAGCCCCUUGAGAUCUAGAGACCCACAUUACAUUCAUAUUUACUGCAGAUAUACAAAACCAGAAACAAUGCGAAAAUGAAAGUUUAUUUUUCCAAAGAACAAAACAUCGCACCUGUUUUUGGUUACCUCAUGUUUAUUGGUGAAAGCUAGUUUUCACUGGAAAUUGAGCAUUCAUGUGGGGAAUUCAGAGACUUUCUGGCAGAAAACACUGGACUGCAACAGUCAGUUUCAGGCAACCCCAGAGAAAUACUUGGAAACUUUUACACUCACACCCUUUACAUAAAUUUCAAGAUCCAAGAUUCCAAUGUGGAAGUGUGUGCUUCGAUUGAUGAUCAGUACCAUUUCUAUUGUAGUGUCCUAAUAGGAAAGUUAUUUACUUUGCACAACAUGGUCAACCAUUAUCACAAUAAGAAAAAAAUAUAAACUUCUUGUUUUUUUUAAACUCCAGUCUAUUUCUAACUUUCCUGGAUGUCUGCAUAAAUAUUUGUAUCUCCUGUUCGAUCAGAAAUAAUACAAAAAUACAAGAAAUGUCAAAUAGAA